UGAAGCAAAAUUAAUAUACAAUCCAUUAGUUAUUUUUUCUGAGCUCCCUCUUGGGGAAUCGGUUACUUCUUCAACCUAAAUGGAUGGUUACGUCUGUUCCGGUCAGGGCCAACGGCCAACUCUUGUUUAAUAUCAAUGAUAACGCUCGGCACAUCCAUCUUGUUUCGAUAUGUUUUGUCGUCUGCUUGAACGUAUGAAAAUGUAUACUUUUUCGGCAAUGUUGGUAAAUUAGUCUGAAAUGGGCAAAAGCGAAGUAAAACGUUGCGAAGUAAGACGUUGUUUGAAGAAUAGAAUUGCCGAAAGCGUCGUAGACGUGACACUCGAUGAUUGUGCUAACAAUCCUAGGAAAAUCGGACUAACGAAAGCCAGAAUUAACCUUAGAAAUCUAGGAAGACAUUCAUCAGCAGAACAAGAUUAUUGUUCUAACGACAAUUCAGAUCCUAAUGAGGAUACUUCAACAAGUGCACCUAUGUCUCACCCAUCUGGGACUAAGAAAACUAAGUUAAAAGAUAAAUCAACUGUUGGGGUAAUUUACCCACCAGACAUUUGGUUUCUCAUUGCAAAAUAUAUUCCCCCCGAAGAUCUUUCCAGAUUUUCACUUAUAUGCAAAGAUGCCUACCGAGUGAUACUUUCAGUGCAAUUCUGGAAACAGAUUUGCAAAAGAUAUCAGGGCGAUGAGACGUCCCUUCCACGAGAGUUACGACAUGUUUCCGACAGCCGACGUGGGCUGAGAGCUCGUGUAAUUCGCCUAUUAUAUUUUCGAUGUCCGCCUUUGGUUCAACGUAUUAAACCCCCUGUUGCUUCCCGAUAUGAGCCCUACACAUUACAGGGAAUGCGGCUGCUGCUAGCAUGGCACGAGAAAGAAGGUUCAGUUUGGAAUUUUUAUUUCAAAUGGAUUAAUCGAAACACUGACGCACGGGAUUACCGACAAAGCGAACUUUUCGAAAACACUGAGGCCGGCUGCCGGGUUCUUAAGGCUACAUGCAACGAGUUUGUGUGCUUUCCAUAUCCUCAAUAUAGCUACCUAUCCUCAAUCCAUUUGGGGCUGACUUCCGAUAUGCGGAACCAAAAAUUGUCACUCGGCUUCAAUGAUUACACAACGACACAUUGUGUAGCAAAAAUGAAACAGAACCUCGGACGAGGUGCUGUAGUUCAGAAUAAAAUUGACCUGGAACCCAUUUCCCAAUGCAUACUGAUGGAUUGGUGGCAUCCCGAGUACCCAUAUCCCCGUGAUAAUCUCCGGCCAUCCAUCAUGCCUUGUCCCGACGAGGAAUGGUAAAAUAUUCGCUGUAUCAUGUACAAAAUUAGCUCUUUUUUUGUAAUUUCAUGAGUAACACUCGUGUGAUAUUGUUGUCUCUUCCAAGGAAUAAAACUGUUUUGAUUUA